GGCCUGCGCGCGCGCGUCUUCCUCCGGCACGCGCGGGCGCUAGCCGAGCACUCUCGCCGGAGCCUCUGGCCCGCGCGUUCCUUUCCCCUCCGGCUGUGGGGCUGGCGGGAUCCUGCACCGCCGUCGCGGCAGCAGCGGCAGCCCCGGCGGGCUCGGGCAGCGGCGGCGGCGGCGGCUCGCGAUCCCCCGGGCGGACUGUACCACCACCCGCCGGCACGCGGGGGGAACGGCCCGCCCCGCCGCACACGCCUUGGCGACCCCGCGGGGCUGAGGCGUCGCCGCGCCCGGCAGCGUGAGCGCAGAGCCGGCCUCGACCCCGUGCUCGGAGCCCCGCGGGCAGCGCCCGCCGCCGGCCCCACCCAUCCGGGCCGAGGAGGCCGCGGCCAUGGCUGAGACGGAGGAGCGGAGCCUGGACAACUUCUUUGCCAAGAGGGACAAGAAGAAGAAGAAGGAGCGGAGCAGCCGGGCGGCGAGUGCCGCGAGCGCGGCGGGUGGUGCCGGCGGGAGCAGCGGAGCCGCGGGCGCGGCGGGCGGUGGGGCCGGCUCCGGGGCCCGGCCGGGCGACGGCGGGACCGCGGGCGCGGGGGCCGCGGGCCCCGGGGCCGCCACCAAGGCUGUGACGAAGGAUGAAGAUGAGUGGAAGGAAUUUGAGCAAAAAGAGGUUGAUUACAGCGGCCUCAGAGUUCAAGCAAUGCAAAUAAGUGAAAAGGAAGAAGAAGAUAAUGAAAAGAGAGAUGAUCCAGGCGAUAACUGGGAAGAAGGUGGAGGUGGUGGUGGUAGUAUAGAAAAGUCUUCAGGUCCCUGGAAUAGAACAGCUCCGGUACAAGCACCUCCUGCUCCAGUAAUUGUUACAGAAACCCCAGAACCGGCAAUGACUAGUGGUGUGUAUAGGCCUCCUGGGGCCAGGCUAACCACAACAAGGAAAACACCACAAGGACCACCAGAAAUAUACAGUGAUACACAGUUCCCAUCCCUGCAGUCCACUGCCAAGCAUGUAGAAAGCCGGAAAUACUGAGCCUUCGUAAGGGUUGACUACCUCAGAUUUGCUGCAUUCAUUGUGGACUUCAUGUGGAUCACAACUUCUGGAUAAGAAGGUUACAGCUAUUAAGUGUCGAUGUGAACCUUGAAACCAGCUCUACUGGAUUCCUAUCAGAAAUCCUGCAGAAAGUCAGCCAUCUGGGUUCUGAUCUGCUGUAAAAGAUGAAGAUUUAAGUGACCUUAAUUAACCUGUCCUGUGCCCCACCCUUAAGGAAUACUCUGUAGUAGGCUGUGGCUAUAUUAGACUUCCUGGAACAUGCUGCUCUCAAAAGAACUGGUGUGUUCAGAUUAUGUAGGGCUGUGAUUUAUAAUUUAAACUCUUGUAUUCUGAGGUAACCACAAAUUAAAUUCAACCAAACUUGGGUCUACUGAAUGAGAAAGGGGGUGGGGGAGGGAAUAAUCUUGUUUCUUUUAGUAAUUUUUUAUUUGGAUAGCGCUUUUUCUGUGUUCCAUAUUAAGGCCUUUUUUUGCUUUGAAUUGGAAUAAGUUCUUUGACAGCAUAUUGCUUGGUUAAGUGAGUAACCUGAAAUAUGCAUUAGAAUUGUGAAAUGUGGUUUGAAUUUGCCAAUCCCUACAGUGGAACCAAACAGCCUUUUUUUAUUUCUGGUUGGCCAGUGCAGGAUCGACCCUGGACCUUGGUGUUACCAGCACCACACUCUAACCAACUGAGCUAACCAGCCAGCUCCCAAAUAGCCUUUGAUGAAAGGGCAGUGGAUGCUGGGGGCUCUACUCAAGGUGCUGCUAAAGCCUCUAAUCAGGUCUAAAAUGUGUCGUAAACUGCAGUGGAAAGAGUAUGGUUUCCGCUCAGCUACAGGAUUCACUGAUCUGUCCUUAUAAAUUCAAAACAGUGUGAACAAAACCUCAUCAAAAGCCCAUUUAAGUUUUAUGGAUCUUGCAUGAUCUUUGAUAAGAAUUCCUUAUAUACUUGUGUCCCAGAUUUUUAGGUAUUGGACGUUCUGUAGAGGCAGCGAUUGUCCCAGCUAGCUCGAUUAUCAACCUUUUGGUGUGUCUUUAUGUUGUUCAUUUGGAGAAUCAGGGCAAAAGACAGGUGAUAUAGCACUUCUGUUUUUAAUAAUUACAGCUUAAAAUGUCCAGUUGUUUUUAGUUCUUAAAAGGGACACGAAGAAGCUACCCAGGAGUACCGAAAAGUGUCUUUCCACCUAAUGAGACAGCCUGGCAAUUAAUUUCCUAGUUUUGAGUCUGUGGUUCAAUAGAAAUAUUUCAAGGUGGUACGUGACCACUUGGUGUAGAGUCUGGGUUUCUCUGUAAUGAAUCCCUUUGCCAAAUGUAGGACAUGCAGACUUUAUCCUGGCAAGAUUGAAGCAGAUGGCUGAGUAAAGCUGCCCUGAUGUGGGAGCGCUUUCCUGCAGGAGUUCAGUCUUGGUGAAAGUGUCAGUCAGAAAUUGGACUCGUAGGAGGGUUACGGUAUCUCUUGACGGCACCUGCCAACCACUUCUGGGCAAUAAUGUUGGCAUUAUUUGAGGUGGCCAGGCAGGUGUCCUGCCUUCUGAUAUAUUUGGAUGAAUAGCUGAACCACCCAAGGGGAAGUGGGAUGAUUAAUGAGAAACAAGGGGAUUCUUGGUUAAACUGAAGGCUUUAUUUGGGAACCAAAAACCUUAACAAAUAAUCUCUUGGACCUUGAGCCACAUAUUUUCCCUGAAAAGUAUGGGUUUUUUUCCCCAGCAAGAUCUUAUUGGGAGUAAUGCAUUGAGGAAUGAGCUAAGACGAAUACAUGGAGGUGUUACUUAAUGGCAUACUGUACUAGAAAUCUGAAGACCUGCAGCAGAUUUAAAUUCCAGCCCUCGUUAUAACUUUUUAAAAGAUUGUGAAAUUAUCAAAAUGCACAUGAAUCAAGUUUUAAUAAACUGUAUGAUGGGUGGAUGAGGCUGUCCAGUGUAUCAUUUCUUUGAAUUCUCAGGCACGGUUUGGCAGUGCAAGAACUCUGUAACAUUAACAAAUUCAAUAAAAAGUAAAUAUAUGUA